GGAAGUGGGGCGACAGCUGUGGUCCAAGCUGCUUACUGCAGCCCCAAGAAAGAAAAGGUGGCCAUCAAGAGGAUUAAUCUAGAAAAAUGUCAGACCAGCAUGGAUGAACUACUGAAAGAAAUCCAGGCAAUGAGUCAAUGUCAUCAUCCCAACAUUGUGUCAUACUAUACCUCCUUUGUUGUUAAGGAUGAGCUCUGGCUGGUAAUGAAGCUACUGAGUGGAGGCUCUGUCUUGGACAUCAUUAAACAUAUUAUAGCGAAAGGAGAACAUAAGAAUGGAGUACUGGAUGAAGCGAGCAUUGCUACUAUGCUAAAGGAGGUUCUUGAGGGUCUCGAAUACCUACAUAAAAACGGCCAGAUACAUAGGGACGUUAAAGCUGGAAAUAUACUUUUGGGUGAAGAUGGCUCUGUACAAAUAGCAGAUUUUGGUGUCAGCGCAUUUUUAGCCACAGGUGGUGACAUAACCAGGAACAAAGUGAGAAAGACGUUUGUGGGCACGCCUUGCUGGAUGGCCCCAGAGGUCAUGGAGCAGGUCCGGGGAUAUGAUUUUAAGGCAGACAUCUGGAGUUUUGGAAUUACUGCUAUUGAAUUGGCUACUGGAGCAGCUCCAUAUCAUAAAUACCCUCCAAUGAAGGUAUUAAUGUUGACGCUUCAGAAUGAUCCCCCAACUCUAGAGACUGGUGUGCAUGAUAAGGAAAUGCUGAAGAAGUAUGGCAAAUCUUUUAGAAAGAUGAUCUCCUCGUGCCUUCAGAAAGAUCCAGAGAAAAGGCCAACAGCAGCAGAACUUUUGAAGCACAAAUUUUUCCAGAAAGCAAAGAACAAAGAAUUCUUACAGGAGAAGUUGCUGCAAAGAGCCCCCACCAUCACAGAGAGAGCCAAGAAGGUUCGGAGAGUACCAGGGUCAAGUGGUCGGCUUCAUAAAAACCGAAGAUGGAGGCUGGGAAUGGAGUGAUGAUGAGUUGGAUGAGGAGAGUGAGGAGGGGAAAGCAGCUGUUUUACAACUUAGGUCUCCACGUGUGAAAGAUUCUGUACAGAAUUCUGAGUUGAAGCGGCCACAGCCCAUGAACCCGGAAGGAAGACCCCGUGAAGACGGAUUCCCUGUCAGCAGUGAGAGGGUGCUGAUGGAAGGAUCCGUUUCACAGCUGUUUCCUGGAACAGAGCCAGGCUCAGCCUAUCUCCAGACUCCAGCACAGCCCACAGCCAAUCUACCUCAGUCAUCUGGCCAAGCUCCGCCUUCCCAAGUGUCUGUCCCUGUGCCAUCUACUGGACUGGCUACAGCUCCUGUGCCUCCCACGUCAGAAGAAGCAAAAGUUAUCAGUUUAGUAUUACGAUUAAGAAACACAAAGAAAGAACUCAAUGAUAUUCGGUUUGAGUUUACUCCUGGAAGAGAUACAGCCGAUGGUGUGUCCCAAGAACUGGUCUCUGCUGGUCUUGUAGAUGGACGAGACUUAGUAAUAGUUGCUGCCAAUUUACAGAAGAUUGUGGAAGAGCCACAGGCUAACAGAGCAGUCACCUUCAAGUUGGCCUCUGGGGUGGAUCCUUCUGACAUUCCAGACGAUGGAAAACUCAUAGGAUUUGCACAGCUCAGCAUCAGCUAA